CAAGAUGGCGGACUGACUGACAUACUUUUGACGUUCUUUGAAUCAAGUCGUUUGGAUAGUUUUGGGCAGCAAUUAAAGCAGUUUUAGUAAAUACAGUAUAUCGUAAGAUGGAGGAAGAGGAAGAAGUUGAAUCUUUUGAGAUCACCGAUAAUGAUAUCAUGCAUGCAGGUCUACUUGGCCUUGGCUUCAGGCCGUACAAGUCAAGUAAGAGAUUAAAAGAGGAGGCUACAUAUGGUAUGUGGGCAGAGUACGACUCAGAUGAGGGUGACAGCUAUGGCCGUGGAAAAAGAAAGAAGGAUUAUAGCCGACCUCUUAGUUUCAUUAGUGGUGGUGUUGUACAGAAAGGGAAGCAGAAUGAAGAAGAUGAAGAAGAAAAUGAUGACGACAAGGAAGAAAACAGUAGUGGAAGUGAAGAGAGUGAACACAAGAGUAGAACAUUUAAAAGCAAGAAGUUGUUCAAAGGCAAAGGAGUGUCGUCAUCAUACAAUGAACCUGGCAAUGCAGCAACCCAAAUGUAUGCAAAAAGACUUCAGAAAACCGGAGGAAAAGAAUUUGGAUCAUGGGAAAAACACACCAAAGGAUUUGGAAUGAAAAUGUUACACAAGAUGGGUUACCAACCUGGACAAGGUCUUGGAAAGGAGGGCAAGGGAAGAGUGCAGCCUGUAGAGGCAUUCAAGAGAGAAGGAAGAGGAGCACUGGGCAUGUAUGGACCUGAGGUCAAAACUAAGGGGAAAAUUCAAUAUGAUGAAGAGGAAGAAGAGGACAAAAAGUUUAAAGAGAAGCUUCAUCAGUGGAAGAAAUCUUCAAAGACUGGAAAAGCUUCACCAAAGUACAUUUACAAGACAGCAGAUGAAGUCAAGGCUACAGGUGUGACUAAGAAAGGACCAUCUGUCUCUUUAAAACACAGCAAAGUCAAGGUAGUUGACAUGACAGGUCCAGAAGCUAAGAUCUUGACGGGGUAUGGUUCCUUGUCACAGCAACAUGCUAAACCUGGUGAAAUUCCAGCAACUACUACAGUUGAGGAAGCUGAAGCUGCUUUUGCAAUGCCUGAACUGAUGUACAACCUGAACCUCCUGGUAGACAUGACAGAAACAGAGAUUGUUCAAAUAGAUAAAGAACUGAAAUUUGAGCAAGACAUGGUAACCAACUUGAAAUAUGAGUCAGAAAGGAUUGCCGAAGUAAUAAACCAAGAAGAUAAACAGAUUAAAAGACUGACAGAUGUCAUGCAAGUGAUUGACAGGUGCAGAGCUCACUCACUCUCAUCAAUAGAAGAUUCUUUGACACUUCAAAAAUGCGAGGACAUGUUUAAACUAUUACAAGAUGAAUUUCAUGAGGAAUAUAUGAUGUAUGAAUUAUCAUCACUAGCAAUACCUUUAGUAUUUCCCUUGAUAAAAGAAUAUCUGAGUAGAUGGAGUCCACUAAUAAACCCCACCUAUGGACUGGAUGUCUUUAAGACAUGGAAAGAUCUUCUACAAAGUGGCAAACCAUCUGCAUUUACUCUGUCACAAGGAACUCCUCUGGACACCAACAGCAUGGACAUCUAUGAACAGUUGGUGUGGGAAGUAUGGAUGCCAUUGAUAAGAACAGCAGUCAGUAUAUGGAACUGUCGUGACAGUGAUCCCAUGAUUACAGUAAUAGAACACUGGCUGCCUCUUUUACCUCCGUGGGUUAUUGAGAACAUCAAGAAUUUGUUAAUCUUACCUCGAUUACAGAGAGAAGUAGAUGCAUGGAAUCCAUUGACUGAUGCUGUUCCAAUACACGCAUGGAUACACCCUUGGCUGCCUCUUAUGAAGGGUUGCUUGGAACCUCUGUAUGCACCAAUACGUUAUAAACUUGCAACAGCUUUGACGAACUGGCAUCCAUCAGAUCCAUCAGCAAAGAUGAUUCUUGAACCAUGGACAAAAGUGUUUUCAAAGGGGAGCAUGGACGCCUUUGUUCUACGAUCAAUUUAUCCAAAGUUAUCCCAGUGCCUUUCUGAGUUUGUUAUUAAUCCUCACCAACAACACUUAGAGCCAUUUCACUGGGUAAUGACAUGGAAAGGCGUGAUUCCAUUACAACAUUUUGUCAGUUUAUUGGAAAAACAUUUCUUCCCUAAGUGGUUCCAGGUUUUACGGAACUGGCUGGCAAGUAAUCCAAACUAUGAUGAAAUAACAAAAUGGUACAAAGGCUGGAAGACAAUGUUUUCCGACGAGCUUCUGAACAACCAGUCCAUAAAAGCCCAGUUUAACCGAGCGCUUGACGUAAUGAAUCAAGCGGUAUCAUCACCAGGAGAAUACUUACAACCAGGAGCCAAGGAACACAUCGCUUAUCUCACAAGCAUCGAAAGAAGAAAGGAGGCGGAAGCGGCGGCAGCUACAGCAGCCUUGGAAAGGUCAAGAGCAGAAACAGCCCGACUGCAAGCAGCCAACCAAAAUGUGCCUACCAAUUUUAAAGAUCUCAUUCAUAAAAUGGCUGAGGAUAACAACAUAGUCUUCCUGCCAGUCCCUAACCGCCGCUAUGAAGGAAAAACACUGUACACUUUAGGCAAGACAACCAUCUAUAUCGACCAGGGAGUAGUGUUUGUACAAACUCAAGGAUCAUGGAAACCUAUCUCUCUACAAGAUCUGUUUGUUUUAGCCAAAUAAACACUUCAAAUACUCCAUUUUACAGAUCCGGUCAGUGAUUACGAAUACUAGAUCCAAGUCGAGGUUGGAGUUUCCGCGCAUAGGAAAACUAUAGUUUAUCAUGCGUGGCAACUCCAACCUCGGAUUGAAACUAUUAUUCGUGGUCACUGAACGGAACUGUAAAAUGGAGUAUUGAUGCUCUUAAAAUGUAAAUAUUGUUGAAAACUAAACACCUUAGAAAGGUAUGUCAAAUAGCCUUGAAAUUAUUUUUCACAAUGCGUAAAUUUUACUGAAAAAUAAACAAGUGGCCAUGUAUUAAAAGAACCAUAUCGACA